AUGCAUCUGAGCCAUGAACAACACGUCAAUAUUCCUUCUUACCCUGCGUUCGCGAACCGGCUGCAGUCGUCCGCGUCAACGCGUCGAAGCGCCCUGAGCGACCCACCCCGCCUCCCUCUUCAAGCCGACAUCAUCAAUCAGACCUGGCUCCAGCAAAAGGACCACGGUCGCUCGCCCUCAAUCAGUGACCCUUGUCACCCUUGGCAACACUACCCUUCACCCGAGUCCAUCACCAGUGAUCUUCCGCCGCUGCUCGCACCAGGCUCGACGUCAGUGUUCGGCGCCCCACCUCACGUCGCUGCGUCAUCGCGCUCAGUGCCGUCCGUCGUUGAACAAGGGCCCGCUUCCGGCGCGGGUGCACGCGAUGUCAAACAAUCUUUAUCGGACGGUUCCACAUCCCCACCUCCACCUCCUCACAAGCGCACCCGAACUCGCUCCUACUCCAUCUCAUCGGCUACCUCGAACCCCGACACCCAUCGUUCAGUCAGGUCCAGUUCGUAUGGAACAUCCUUCUCCGGCACCAGUGCCGGCACUGGUCUGAGCACGACCAAGUGUCGAUCUUCAGCCAGCUCGCGUGCGAUCUCCAAGGCGUACGAGUCACGACGAUAUGUCGCCGAGGCACUGCGUGCUGCGAUUCAAUCGGGGAGGGUCAACGCUGCGACCGUUUCGAACGAUACUGUUUCUCGAAUCGUCGAAGGUGCGCGCAAGAAGGCUGCGAAAGAAGGCUUGGCUGGGAAGCGAGCUCAGGGGCGAUCAAGAGCAAGACAGGAGAGCGGUCAGCCCGACGAGCAGGCCGAACUGAGGGUUCGUAACAAGGUCAAGCAAGUCGUAAGGAAUGCCGUCAGUGUCGAGGAAGAUGGCGAGAUCGAGGUCAAUUGGGACGAACUGAGUACGCUCGGACAAGAUGGCCGCAAGAGGAGGCGAGCCAACAAGACGACAACCGUGAUGGCCGUGCCCGUCUAA